AAUUAAUUACAUAUAUAUACAUCUUAAUAAUAGUAUUUCCAUGUAUUUAAUUGUUUUUUGCUUUGCACGCGAAAAAAGCAAUUUGUUCAUGUUUUAUUGUCAUCAGUUAAAAAAUAUAUUUACAAAAAUGUAGUCAAGAUACCUGUUAAAAUGAAACUUCAUUGCAAUAUAGAAGUGAAUAACAGAUUAUCUGUAACAAAUGUGAUAAGGAGGAGAUCACAACGUUCUAUUUUAGUAAUUGGAAGACAAACAAUAAAAAGUACAGAGACAUAUAUUCUUUGGCAAACAUUACAAAAUAAACUGGGUACUAAAUAUAAGGUUAAUAAUAAUAUAGAUAAAGUAUAUACAACAUUUAUUGAUGAAGGAAAAGCUACAAUUCGCUUUAUACAACCACCUCAUGAUUUAAUUAUUCAAUCUGACAAAAUUCAACUUAAAAGUUUUAUUCAUAUCUUAAAACUCACAUUAACUAAAAACAUUAAUCCAUCAGUUCUUGCUGUUUCAAAUUUGAACCCAAAAUGUAUGAGUUCUUUACCAAAGAUUAAAGUAGUGGUUAAUAAAUCUUCUGAGUAUCCAACUUUAGAAGGUUUUCCAAGGACAACUGAAGAAUUAUAUUUAGUAGGAUUAAAUAGAAAGUCAUUUGACAGACAAAUUUUAAAACUUCAGAGCUUAAAAGUUUUGAAUUUAUCUAACAAUCAGAUUUCAUCUUUACCAAAGGAAUUAGGCACAUUACAGCAUCUACAAGAACUUAUUUUAUCACAAAAUCGACUUGAUAAAGCUUUAAAAUGGACAUGGUUAGAUCAAAUUGCUAUAAGAUCGAAUUUAAAAUUAUUGGACAUGAGUAAUAAUUUGUUACAAAGAUUACCAGAACAAAUUGGAAAGCUUGGCAGCCUUGUUAAUUUGAAAGUUAGUCAAAAUAUGUUAUCUUACUUACCGCAAAGUCUUGGAAAGUUAUAUAAUUUGAAAUAUUUAGAUUUAUCAAAAAAUAAUUUGCAUUGUUUACCUGGAAGUAUGAGGAAUUUACAUCUUAUUUCACUAGAUGUAUCAAAUAAUGACUUUCCUUUUGUAGAUUCAUAUUCUAUGUGUAAAAUAGAUGUUCCGAGUUUAACUGAAUGUGCAGCCAGGUCAUUUCUGAAAAUAAGGUGCUCAUAUGACGCAAGCAUAAUUCCAUUCACAUUAGUAAAAUAUUUAGAUGAAGCAAAAUAUUGUGUCUGUGGUAAUGCAUGUUUUCAUUGUUAUAUAAGAAAAUUUGUAAGAUUUAGUUUAAAUAUAAUAGCAAAUACUAUAAAGUCAACAGAAACUACUCUUAUACCAUUUGAUUGCUACUUCUGUUCAAUAAAAUGUGUAUCUUAUGCAAAGCUACAAUACUAAAAUAA